CCGUGGGUGGGUCAUUCACAGUUGAAACAGCCAUGUCAUGCCUUGUCUGGAGUGUCGACAUGAGUAACGUGUUUCUGUGGCUCAGUAAUUCAUCAGCGGAGAGUCUUCAUUUAGGAUUCUGCAUGUCAGACUUGAGAUUGACGCCAAGUAACAUUUCCACCGCCUCCCAGCGCUUGCAUGAAUGAUGCUAUUGUGGCGGAGUGUUGCGUAGGGAGAGCUGAUUGUCGAAGCACAUGCUGUGAAGAGGAGAUAGUGAGCGGGGAGCGAGAGGAGAGGAGAGGACAGGGCAGAACAGACGAGGAGACUUCAGGACCCAGAAAACUGUAGGAGGAAAAGAGGGAGGACCACGGCGAGAGAAGUUAAACUGCCAGGAGAGGCUGCAGUGCCCUGACCGUGGACAGGAAUACUCGGGCGGAGAGAGUGGAUGGGAGAGUGUUAAUCAGAGGAGACUGAAUUGGAGAGUUUUUCAGUGAAGAGUGUACUAGCAGGAUGCAUCUGAAACCUUCACAUAAAGCCAUGCUCACUGUGCUGCCUCACUUUGUGGAUAAAGCUGCUCUGACUCGGAGGGAGAUAUGUCGCAUCCUCAGUGAGAGCUUCUUCAUGGUCAAAGGAGCGGCGCUCUUCCUCCAGCAGGGCGGCAGCGCACAAGGACCAAAGACCCCGACCCACCACAAACAUGCAGGUGAUUUACCUCAACACCUGCAGGUCAUGUUUAAGAUCCUCCGGUCUGAAGAUCGCAUUAAGCUGGCUGUUCGGUUAGAGAGCGGCUGGUCAGACCGGGUUCGCUACAUGGUCGUCAUCUACACCAACGGCCACCAAGACACAGAGGAAAAUAUCGUCCUGGGAAUGGACUUCACAGACAAGGACAGUAAAAACUGCUCUAUCGGGAUGGUGCUGCCACUGUGGAGUGAUACUAACAUACAUUUAGAUGGAGAUGGAGGCUUCAGCGUGAACACAGCCGGGCGGUCACAUGUCUUUAAGCCUGUGUCGGUGCAGGCCAUGUGGUCUGCCCUGCAGGUCCUCCACAAGGCAUGCGAAGUGUCGCGGCGGUUCAACUACUUCCAAGGGGGCAUCGCUCUCACAUGGAUGGCCUUCUAUGAGAGCUGCAUCACCUCCGAGCAGAGCUGCAUCAAUGAGUGGAACGCUAUGACCGACCUGGAGACCACCCGGCCCGACUCGCCCACUAUGUUCGUCGACCGGCCAACUGAGCGAGAGAGAACAGAGUGUCUCAUUAAAGCCAAGCUGCGCAACAUCAUGACGUUUCAAGACCUUGAGAACAUCACCUCGAAGGAGAUCCGUAACGAGCUGGAGCAGCAUAUGAGCUGCAACCUCACAGAGUACAAAGAGUUCAUCGACAAUGAGAUGCUUUUAAUCCUCGGUCAGAUGGACAAGCCCACACUUAUCUUUGACCAUGUGUACUUGGGCUCUGAGUGGAACGCUUCCAACCUGGAAGAGCUGCGUGACUGCGGAGUGGGUUACAUCCUGAAUGUUACCAGAGAGAUCGAUAACUUCUUCCCUGGAAUGUUUUCAUAUCACAACGUCCGUGUGUACGAUGAGGAUGCCACCGACCUGCUGGCCCACUGGAACGACACCUACAACUUUAUUGUCAAAGCCAAGAAGAACAAUUCCAAGUGCCUGGUGCACUGUAAGAUGGGGGUGAGCCGGUCUGCCUCUACAGUUAUUGCCUAUGCAAUGAAGGAGUACGGCUGGUCUCUGGAGAAAGCCUAUAACUUUGUUAAGCAGAAACGGAGCAUAGCUCAGCCCAACGCUGGUUUCAUGAGACAGCUGGCGGAGUACGAGGGGAUCCUGGACGCAAGUAAACAACGCCACAACAAGCUCUGGAGGCCUGGAACCGAUGAGGAGGGAUCAGAUGAUCUGCAGGCCUCUGGCCACUGUACUGGUGGGGAGGAGACGCCAGUGCUGAGAGGGGAGGAGGCCUGGGGAGGCUGCGGGGCCUCUCCCUGCAGGGCUAUGGGUCUGGAGAUGGAGCCCCUCGACUCUCUUAACUAUAAUUAUUACUUCAGACGUUUGUCAGACUCUGCGCUAGACAGCGAGCCUUCCACCCCAGUGCGGGGUCCCCCUCUGCUCGGCAUGGAAAGAGUCUUCAUUGAGAUUGAAGAUGUGGAGAGAGAUGCCCUAUUGGAGGAUGAGGGUUUCCCCAUGGCCCAUUUAGCCCUGCCCGGCGAGGGCACGGCAGCUCAGACAUGUGGCCGCCUCGACCCCCUGGAGGACAUGAGGCUGAGGCUGGAGAUCAGCACUUUGGAGGAAGAGGAUGAGGAAGAGGCCAAGAAAGAGGAAGCCGAAAUGGCGGCCUUGGCUCAAACACCUGGAAAUUCAGACGGGAAGAGGGCAGGGGAGGAGGCUGAGAGGACGGAGGAAAGCCGGUUAGGCCUCGCCAACCUGAACACCAACAACAGCAACCGCCUCGCCGCCAAGCGCAGCUGCCCUGCAGCUUUUGAUGACAGUGCUAGCACCGGAAACCCUUUAAAAGUGAAGCCCUCCUAUCAGUCCUGUAAGGACUGCCUGCGUCUACCACAAGGGCGGCGCUGUGACCGUCCAGCAGGAGGCCGAUCGCACCGCCUUAACCCCUCCCGCCACUGCACUGUCCCUACUAUAUGCAUAGAUCCACCUGGGACCAACUUCACCUCUACCCCAAUUCUGCAGUCUCUGCAAGCUCCUGCAGUCGUCCCGCCCACCCUGGUCCAGUCCUGUAGUCAUCUGUACCGCUGUGCCACCUGCACCCCCGGUGUCCCGCUAGCCCACCGCCAGAAACUGGUCUCACCCAUGAGCUUUGAGGAGACGCCUCCUGACCGCAGCUCGGUGGAGACAGAGGACAUGGAGGAACCGCAGGGGGAUGAUGUGGGAGAGGAAACAUUAAGGGAUCGUACAGGGGGCGUCAGUGCGGCUCCUGCUGAGGGUUUAGAAUUACAACCUGGUGGUGCAGUGGAGCUCCAGCAGCAGGCUCUGGCGCAGCUGCAAAUGCCAGGACUGGGGAUAGAAUUUGGUCUGGAACUGAUGCGACAGAGGGCGGAGCAGCUUGAGAAGCUGCCAAGCUUGGCCAUGGAAGGCCAGCUCCCAGUGGGGCCCCUGCCUUAAUACAGUGUCCCGGACAUGGAUGAGAUGAGGAGGCUUACCACUGCCUCCAGCAGGUACACUAUAAUGGCUGUGGGCCUUGAGAUGGCUGCCACUGUGGUGUCGAACCAGAAAUGAAGCUCCGCUCUGACCUGUACUGUCGUGUCCUGGCCUCAUAGCUGCACUGUCACAAGCUGCAACAGCCCUCUCUGCAUUUCCAGAGAGCGUCCUGUCAUUGUCUACUGGCAUUAAGAUCAAAUGAGGCUGGUUAAUUUGACCUAAAAGCUUGAAUGCUUCUGGCCAGGUAAGGACUGAAGACUUUACCGUGACCUAUAACUUGUCCCUCAGACUGGACUGAGGCCAAUCUGGUCUCUUCUAAACCUGCUGGCCCCACACCACAAACAGGAUCAUCACACUUCCCCACAGCCCUGUGGAGAUGAGCGUUAUGCUGCCAUUUUACCCUCAACAGACAGGUUUGGCAUCUUCCCGAGACUGAAACAGUGGUGGUUGUUGUUCCUUUCUAACUCCUGAGAAAGCUAUAGCUAGCACUUUGAUGUUGAUGGAAAGAAAAAUACCUGAAGUAACAUGCUUCUGUCAGUGUACUGUAUGUUUUUCAGCCCAACUCGACGACAGUAUUCACGAAGGAGCUCAAUGAAUGUUUGCAGUUGAGCCAUUUUGAUCGCAUUCAGCAUUUCCUCAUGUUACCACUGUUAGCUGAAUCCUCACUAACCUUCACUUAUAUUUUCCCUGCUGCAGCUGCUUUUGCAUCACGAAAGGGCAUUUCAUGUGGAAGUGUAAUAAUUUUUAAGAAAGGAAUUGAGCCUUUUUAUGCCUCUUUGUAAAGCGUCGUACCUCGGACCACAAGCAUCUCGGACUGUUUUGGUCAAAGACUCUUUUGUUGUCUCUGCUCAGUGGCUGGUUCACCCUGACCUCCUCCAUUAAUGUAAUCAUGUACUUAAAACACUCACUUUAGCCCCACGCAUGACUUUGCAGUAUUACAAAACAUAUCGUCGACACGCUUUGACAGAAAAGAUAUUUAAGUCCUUUUUUGGAAAAAAAAAAAAAGCGUCAUCAAGUUUGUCAUCAUUCAGUUAAAUCGUUCAUCAGAUGGAUGAUAAAUUGGUUGAAUUGCACCUAAAGAAUGACAGAAAAGACUGGAGUUGUUGGAUUCAUUGUAUUCAUUCAGAUGUCAGGAAAUAUUUACAAGCUGAAAUGUAUUUUUUUCCCACCCUCGGACUGAUCACUUCCUGAUGUAACCAAAGCCAUAUCAUGUUGCCAGAUCCAGUUAAUCCGGAUUUAAAUUCUUCUCUUACUUUCUUACCCAGUCUGCUUCUUGGUAGUCGUUAAUCUGAGAGGCUCACCCAGUUACCUUUUUGCUCACAAGUUGGAAAACCACAGGCUACCUUCCCCUUAAACCACCAACAUUUGCGAAGCCACGCUAGUCAUGUAUAGAUUUAGCACUUGAGCACAACUCUAGUACCCAUUCACACAGUGCACAGACACAUUUCAGAUUUAUAGCUGCGUUUAAUGAAAUUCAUUUGAGAACACUAAAGAAAAAAAUAAGUAGUUCCAUUCUUUGCUUGCAGUGUAGAGUCCAUCUUUGUGUGUGUCGUUUAUUUGAGGUAAUAAUAUAAUAAUUAUUAUGACUUUCAAAUUACCAAAUUAAUAUUUACAGUGUGAAAAUUAGAAAUUAUAUUCUUAAUUUAAAAUACUAGAUUCCCUUUAUUUUAAAUACAGAAAAAGUAACCUAUCAAGGGAAAUGCAAAGUCCUGCACUCAUAAGUCUUUUUCUCAUCUGUUGUUUAGUUCCUUCAGACAGCUUCAGGCUUGUUUUGUUCAAAUUGUGCCACCUAUCCAAAGUUGCUGUGCCACAGGGUGUUGCUCUACAAGUUCUUCUGUUUGGUUGAUGUUGUGUUCCUACUGUUCUUGGCACGCUGGGUGUGCUACAGUGGUAUUGAAUGGUGCCUGUAUGUAUGCAGGAAAAGCACAUGCGAGUGUCAUCACUGUGUUUAAAAACAUCUGAGUGCUUUAGAAGAAAUGAAAACUGUGCAGAGAAUGAAUGCAAAUUAUUUAAUCAUCUUUAACCAUGUGGUUAUUGUAUAUUUUUUGUUUUGUAGAUUUGGAUUUUUUAUUUUUAUUGUCUUUAGUUGGAUUGUUAGAAACUCCAACGCAUCCUUUUUUUCCUUCUCCUCCCUUCACUGGACCCCGGGGAGCUGCAGGUUUGCUCCACUAGUUAGAUUUAAAUCAUUUGGUUUUGCCUUUAUUCUGUUGUUUCCCUUUACAUGAGCAUGAUGUAACGCAAGGCACUUAAAAAGCUGUUGACAGCAUGUGAUACCACACACAUUGAAGCUAGAACCAUGUCAAAAAAGUUACAUAAAGUUAUUAAAUACUGCAGCUAAAGGAUUCACAGACUGGCUUUCCAGGAAAGAAGGUGAAUAAGAGUAUUCCCAAAAUGUUCCCAAAUUCUUCCUUUAAUAUAUUAUUAAUGAUUGAAGAAAUAGUUAGGAUUGUGGGGUUGUAUAGGCUACCAAUGUUAAGUCAGUGUAGGCUACCAAUGUUUAUGCUUUCUAUAAAGCCACCAGACUCCAUUGACAAAAACAUUAAGUUUCCUUUACAGAACACGCAGAUUGCUUGUCUACCACUUCCUUGAUUGGUUAGUUUGUGUUAUUGUUUGACUUUGGAGAUUUAAAGGGUUAGUUCAUAUUUAUGAAAGUCACACAAUCGCAAAAACUAACUAACUAAUCGAGACAACAAUUGAGCAGCAAAUUCUCUUUUUCCUCAAGGUGAAAUUGCUAUUUUUGUCAAAGGAAUCUGGUGGCUUUGAGAAGAGCACAGAUGGAUAUAACAGCUUUUUUUCUUCGGAAAGGGCUGUCUGACAGAAAGGUAAAGUGAGAAAAAUAUUCACACUAUAGCAUACUCCUAAAGAAAGUACCUCAUACAACCCCACUUCAAAAAAAUCCAAACUCCAAACUAAAUAUAGCAGCUAUAAGAAUUAAUGUUACAAAGCGGCAACAAAGAUACAUGAGUGUGGUAUCAAUCUUGUCAUCUCAGAAAGCAAAGAAGCAUAUUUCCAAAAAUGUUGAACUCUUCCAUUAUUACAUUGUUGAUAUGAUUCUAAUUUAACCCAGUUGUUCUCAGUGUGUUGACAGAUGGGCCUGAUCAGUGUUCUUGACAUCCAAGUGAUGUCCAAAGCACUAAAUCCUUCUGUUUGCGUUCCUGGACCGCUGCACUAUACGUUUGGUUGUUUGCUUCAUGUUUUGAAUUUGUGUUGUAUUUAAGUGCCUUAACCUCGGCCUUAGCUCUAUCAUAAAGCAUCACAGGCGUUGCAAAAGUUUCUGUGAGCGUGUUGAUGGUCUGGCUUUUUUUGUACAUUAGUUAUCCUAAUAAUAACCAUGCUCCUUGCAAAUGUAUAACUCGGCACAAAAUAACAAUGUAUGCAAACACACAUAAGCUCAUGCACAGCAGCCUCCUCCACUCCCAAAUACAUGCAUACUUGAUGGACUUCCAUUUAUUAAUAGCCUAUAAUAAUAUUGUAUUUGUUUGAUAUUGUUGAAACUUGUGGUACACUGUAUUGGUUCAAUAGCUGGCUGAAGAACCUUACUUGCUGGAAUGAGAACUAUCAUUUACAUUAAAACAUUAGAUAGGAUGGAUUUAAGUCUUUGAAAUUUGCCAGUCUGUAUAUAGUUUUCUCUACAAUUUGCUAUGGAGUACAUUAGCUUGCAGAUGUGGUCAAUAUUAAGAAAAGCACUGAUAAUGCUACUGUGUAUUGAGAAGUACUCAUAAUUAAGUUCUCGUGUUUGUACCACAGUUAAAAAAAAAAAGGGCCUUCUCUAAUUUAGGCAAAUGUCGUCAGGCUCUAUUAAAAAUGGCAACAAUUGAAUUUUUUUAUUGCAUUAUUCCCAGGCAGCAGGCAUCAAACUGACAAUCCUACUUAAAAACUAGACGUUGAGGACUUUGUGUGGAAGGAUAUUAAGACAUAUUGUAAUUUAUAAAGGGGGAUCCAGGCAUUUAAAGAGUGUAUUUAUAGAGCACAAGUCUGCCCCAAAGCAUGUGAGGUUGAGACGAGUGGAAAAUGUAGAACAGGAAAAACCUACCUGGGAGUAAGAUUUUGUUACGUUAACUGUUUUUUUUGUUAACUUUUGUGUACUGUACUGUACAUUGCCAAUGUUCAUGUGUAAUGCACUUUUUUUUACAUUUUGUUAAAAUGAUGUCCAGUCUAAUGUUUAUCAUGGAAAUAAACCAUUUCCUCUGCAUAA